AUGAGCCUUAUUCCCAUCAUUUGCACCCACGAGGUGUCGCCUACUGUUAUCACGUCCAUCCUUUCAACUGCAUACAAGGCUUCAACCGAUGCAGCCGAACUCCAGGAUUACACAGACGACUCGGUCACCAAGCUACCAGUGGAGUCUCUCCAGUAUCCUUUCCUAGGCUGGGACAUAGGCAAGAUUGCCCAGUUUCUACAGGAGAAUACAUCAGACACGAUAGUGGAUUAUACUACAUUCCUUGUUGCGGAUGAGAAGACGGCCUUAGAUGAGGAUACCCUGCUCCUUGUUUAUGAUGUUGAGGGUUUGCAGGAGAGUAUACGGCUCUCGGCCUGCUUUGCCAACAGUGAGGCGGUGUCUGUCUCAGUCGCGACCAAGGAUGUGGGUGAGCUGUGGACCCUCGCGGAUGAGGAUGGGGUGUACAGAGGGGGUCCGCAGCACCCGCCGCCAAAAAAGGGCGGGAAGGCGCCCAGGAAGCGGCUGUAA